GGAGAAACCGGUUGCUAGGGACGCGAUCAGGGCGCCAGGGCUCCCGGAAGCUACGUCAGCAGCAGUGGCGAUGGAGGAUGUGUUGGACCUCAGCGAGGAGAAGCGCCGCGGAUCGGCCUCUUUAGGAGCAAAAAUGGGUCGACGAGCUCACCAGGAAUCACCUCAAUCAGAGAAUCAGCUUGCCAAUAAAAAUUCUUCUUUGCCCGGAGAGGGUCCCCCACCAAAGCCAGCCCGACGACAAGGAGGAUGGGCAGAUGAUUCUGUGAAAGUCUCAAAGUCAGGAAGGAAGGUUGCUGAAGAAGUAGAAGACCAGCGCCUCAGACAACGGAGCAUGGAAGGAUCUGAUGAUGGAGGGGAUAUUCCAGUGAUCCCAGACCUAGAAGAGGUUCAGGAAGAAGACUUUGUUCUGCAAGUGGCUGCCCCUCCCAGCAUCCAAGUAAAUCGGGUGAUGACUUAUCGUGACUUAGACAAUGACCUGAUGAAGUACGCUGCCUUCCAGACACUAGAUGGAGAGAUCGAUCUGAAACUCCUCACCAAAGUCCUUGCUCCAGAGCAUGAAGUUCGAGAGGAUGACGUCAGCUGGGACUGGGAUCACCUCUACACUGAAGUAUCUUCAGAGCUUCUCACCGAGUGGGAUCUUGGGCAGUCAGAGAAAGAAGACAAUGUUGGGCAGCCGAAACACGCCUGAACUCUCGCUCGGACUGGAGCCUAUUUCACCCCUGUACAUAAUAAUCACUGUUUUGUAUUGGACAAAAGGCUCUAAGCCUGAAACUAAAAAGAGUCAGAUGCUGGCGGGAGCCUGGAUUUUUAUAUCGAAUAUUUUGUAAUACGAAGAUCCAUGUGUUCUCUGCAGAAAAUACUGGAUCAUUUCAAAUGCAAUAAAUCGCUUCACUGUCCAGUGAG